AAGCAGCCGAUCUCUUGCAACAAAGGCUUGGGACUUCCCUCCUGGCGUCACUCCGGAGCUGAGGCGUGUUAGAUCCUCCGCAGGAAACAGGUUUUCCUCUCGUGUGCUUUUUUAAUUUAUUUUUUGGUCAUUGCAAAGCCCCGCUUGCCAAGGAGCCUCAUGCUCUGUGCAGAGCGGCAGCCCAGGAGGCAGGAUGGUUCCGCGGGCUCGGCGAGGCGCUAGCCAGGUGCUGUCACCGGAUCGCCGCCGUGCCUUCGUUUUCUUUCUGCUGCUGCUCGCUCUCCUGUUGCUGCUGGUGCCGGGGCGCGGGCUGGAAGUGCAGCACAAGUUCGUUUCGCUCACUGCCACCAACAACUUCGCUCUGGAUGGCUCGGGCGGCAAGAUCUACCUGGCGGCCGUCAACCGGCUGUACCAGCUCUCGGGCCCCAACCUGACGCUGGAGGUGGAAGAGCAGGUGGGCCCCAAGGAGGACAACCCGCUGUGCCACGCUCCCCAGCUGCCCCAGGCGUCGUGCGAGCACGCCAAGAAGCCCACCGACAACUACAACAAGCUGCUGCAGCCGGACCCGGAGCAGGGCAUCCUGGUGGUCUGCGGCUCGGUCUACCAAGGCUUCUGCCAACUGCGCAGCAUGGACAACAUCUCCGUCGUGGCCGUCGCCUUCCCGCCUGGGGCAGGUGGCGAAGGAGGAGGUGGAGAAGGAGGCGACCAGGUCACGGUCUUCCCCAGCAUGCUCAACGUAGCGGCCAACCAUGCCAACGCCUCCACCGUGGGUUUGGUGCUCAAGCAGGCCGGGCAAGACACGAGGCUGUUGGUGGCCGCCACUUACACGGGCUUGGGCAGCCCUUUUUUCCCGCGCAACGCAAGCCUGGAAGACCACCGCUUCGAGAACACGCCCGAAAUCGCCAUCCGGGCUCUCAACGCCCGCGGGGACCUGGCCCGGCUCUUCACUUUCGACAUCAACCCGUCCGACGACAACAUCUUCAAGAUCAAGCAGGGCUUCAAGGAGCGCCACAAGCUCAGCUUCGUCCGCGCCUUCCUCCACCGGGGAACCCAGCCCCGCCCUCCGGGCUCUUACGCCUACUUGGCCCUCAACAGCGAGGCCAAUGCGCGGGAAAAAGAGAGCCACUCGCACAGCCUGCUGGCCCGCAUCUGCUUGGGGGACCCUGCUGAAGCGACGACCCUCAACGGUAGCAGCGGCAGCGGCGGAGGGGAGACCAAGAAGCUGACCGAGUCGUACAUCCAGAUGGGGUUGCAAUGUGGCGGGCCCGGAGGGGCGCCGUCGGGAACGGCCGGCAGCGACCUCUUCAACCGCCUCGUGUCGGUAUUCCCCGCCAGCGCCGCCCUGCAGGUUCGCUCGGGAAGCCCUUCCCCACCUCAGCCGGAGGAGCUGCUCUUCGGGGUGUUUGAGAAAGCCGCCUCCCCCGGGCCAGGGCUUGGCGGCCGACAGGCGCUUCAGCCCUCGGCGCUCUGUGUGUUCCGCUUCGCCGAGAUCGAGGAGGCCAUCAGAGCGGCUAGGAACUCGUGCUUCGUGGCGCCAGACGCUGGGCUGGUCACCGUACUCGACAGCGUGGUGCAAGGCACUGGGCCGGCCUGCGAGAAGAGGAAAAUCCAGUUGCAACCAGAACAGUUGGACUGUGGUGCAGCACAUCUCCAGCAUCCGCUGUCAAUCCUGCAACCUAUCAAAGCAAGGCCAGUGUACACUUUACCAGGCCUAACAUCAGUGGCAGUCUCCAGUGUCAAUAAUUACACCGUUGUAUUUCUAGGAACAGCCAAUGGAAGACUGCUUAAGAUUAAUCUGAACAGUUCUAUGGAGUUCAUAAGUAGGGAGUCAAUUACUGUGGCUUACAAUGAGCCUGUCCACCCCAUCAUGCAGUUUGAUCCUUCUGACUCCAGUUACCUUUAUCUAAUGACUUCCCAUCAGAUAGCCCGUGUGAAAGUAGCUGCCUGCAAUCAAUAUACUACAUGUACAGAGUGCCUGGUUGCAGCUGAUGCAUACUGUGGAUGGUGCACCCUGGAGACCAGGUGUUCACUGCGGCAUGAGUGUGGUAAUUCUGAUGAGCCUUAUUUCUGGAUAAGUGCAAGUGAGGGAGUACAUCAGUGUCCUUCAAUGAUCAUAAUGCCGUCAGAAAUAAACAUUGAGAAGGAGAACAAGGGCAUGAUAAUCCAAAUAAACGGGAAUAUUCCAAGUUUGAAUGGAACGAAGAUGUCUUGCGAUUAUGGAAAUAAUAUCCAAACUGUAGCUAAAGUUCAUGUACUAUCUUGGAAACAAUAUGUUUAUUGCAAUUUUCUUCCCAGAGAGAAAUAUCCACCCUUUCCACCCAAUCAAGAUCAUGUGAUAGUUCAAACUGUUGUACGGGUCAAUGACAAAAAUAUUGUAUGGGCCAAUUUCACCAUCUAUGAUUGCAAGAGAACUGGAAACAUUUAUCCAAAGACAGCAUGUACCAGCUGCCUCUCGGCUAAAUGGAAGUGUUACUGGUGCACUAGAAAAUACACCUGCGUCUCCAAUGCGACUGAAUGCGAGGACUCAGUACUGAUGAAUAACAGUACUGAUUGCCCACAGAUUGUGCCUGCCUCUGUUGCACCAGUGUCAACAGGGGUUUCCCAGGACAUUGCCAUCACCCUGAGAAAUGCUGCUUUUAUAAAGGAGAUGCCUUUGGAAUGUCACUUUGAAACUGAUAGGAUAUUUGAGGCCCGAUGGGUCAAUGCAUCUGCUGUUCAAUGUAGCAAUGUGCUGCUUCACACUCCAGACAAAAGACAUCUAUUUCCGGUAAACCUUAAGUUGAAGGAAAAGCCUGAUAGAUUUAUUGACAGUCCACAGAUGAUGACAGUGGAGAUUUAUAAUUGUGCAACUGGAAGUGCUGACUGUUCUCAGUGUCUUGGGAGAGAAGAUCUGGGUCAUCAGUGCACUUGGAGUGAGAGUAGUUCUACUUGCAGACUAAACACUGAGUCCUUCCAGAUACCAGGCAUGUGCCCUCCUCCUGAGAUUAGGAAGAUCGAGCCACUGAACGGACCCCUGGAAGGAGGAACUCUGGUCACAAUACGAGGGAAAAAUCUGGGCCGUAGAUUCAGUGACGUCAUUAAUGCUGUCAAGAUAGGCAAUGUGAAAUGUUCACCGCUCCAGAACAGAUAUAUAGUCUCUGAGGAAAUUAUAUGCCAGACUGGAGAAGCUCCAGAAGAAUUUUCCGAUGUGGUGACAGUUAAUCUGAGCAGAGAAGGAAAAUCCAGAGAGCGAUACUCUUAUGUGCUUCCAGUAGUGACGUUUAUCUCUCCAUCUGAAGGCCCUAAAGCAGGAGGUACAAGAGUAACCAUAACUGGGAAUAACCUCAGUGCAGGAUCUGAGAUCCGAGUUUUAGUUAAUAGCACAAAAGAAUGCACAGGCCUCAGUCGCGCUGACACUAUCAUCACUUGUACCAUGCCAAAAGUGGAGUUUACUGACGACGCAGAAGUCUGUAUCCAGUUUGAAAAUAAGUCUUGCAUUGGUAAUAAUAGCAAGUUCCGGUACAAGAAAAACCCAAGUAUAACAGAUAUCAAUCCCAAAAAGAGUCAUAUCAGUGGAGGCAGAAUCAUCACAGUAGAAGGAUAUGGAUUUUUGAUGGCUCAGAAUGUGUCCAUGGUUGUUCACAGUAUUGGGAAAGAACAAACGAACUGUAAGGUUCACUCCAACACUGUGAUUACCUGCCCCUCUCCAGCUGCCUCCAGCACCACCGGGAGCAAGCCAGCAUCAGUGGACUUCUACAUCAAUGGGCGCCUCUACACGGAUGACAGCUUAUCCCCCAUUGAACAUCCUGAGGAGGUUAUGCAUAUUAGCAUGUUCCACUUGGAAUACUACAUGGAUCCCCAGUUCUUCACAGCCAGGAAGGAGAAGUGGAUCAAACAUCACCCCGGAGAACCUUUGACACUAGUCAUACAUAAAGAUCCUGACAACCUUGGCCUGGAAAGCAAUGAGUAUGAAGUUAAAGUUGGACUAAUUUCCUGUGAGAUCCAAAUUGUUUCAGACAAAGUCAUUCACUGCUCAGUCAAUGAAUCUUUGAGCACCUCAGAAAGACAGCUCCCUGUCACGAUCCAAGUUGGGAAAUAUAAUGAAACUAUUGCUAUGUUGCACCUUGGAGGAAGUGAGACAGCUAUCACGGUUUCCAUAGUCAUCUGCAGUAUCUUGCUUCUGCUCUCUGUUGUAGCGCUGUUUGUGUUUUGCACCAAGAGCCGCCGAGCAGAGCGUAUUUGGCAAAAAACUCUGCUGCAGAUGGAAGAGAUGGAGUCCCAGAUCCGGGACGAAAUCCGCAAAGGUUUUGCUGAACUUCAAACAGAUAUGACAGACUUGACCAAGGAAUUAAAUAGCAGCCAAGGAAUCCCAUUCUUGGAUUACAAGUACUUUGUGACCCGAACUUUCUUUCCUAAAUGUUCUUCUCUCUAUGAGGAGCGUUACAUUCUGCCUUUCCAACAUCUCAAUUCUCAGAUGGGGUCUCAGGUCCAAGAAACUCAUCCAUUACUCUUGGGGGAAUGGAAAAUUCCUGAAAAUUGUAGGCCCAAUAUGGAAGAAGGAAUUGCGUUGUUCUCCACACUACUCAACAACAAGCACUUCCUCAUUGUCUUUGUUCAUGCUCUUGAGCAGCAGAAAGAUUUUGCCGUUAGAGACAGAUGCAACCUGGCCUCCUUGCUUACUAUUGCAUUGCAUGGGAAACUAGAGUACUACACCAGCAUCAUGAAGGACCUCUUGGUGGAUCUCAUUGAUGCCUCUGCCUCUAAAAACCCCAAGCUUAUGCUGAGGAGGACAGAGUCUGUCGUUGAGAAGAUGCUGACCAACUGGAUGUCCAUCUGCAUGUACAGCUUUCUCAGAGAAACAGUUGGGGAACCCUUCUUCUUGCUGUUGUGUGCCAUCAAGCAACAGAUCAAUAAAGGAUCUAUAGAUGCCAUCACUGGAAAAGCAAGAUAUACUCUCAAUGAAGAAUGGCUAUUGCGGGAGAACAUUGAAGCAAAGCCAAGGAAUCUUAAUGUGUCAUUCCAAGGCUGUGGAAUGGAUUCCCUGAGUGUUCGGGUCAUGGAUACAGACACUCUUAGCCAAGUUAAAGAGAAAAUACUUGAAGCCUUUUGCAAGAAUAUUCCAUAUUCCCAGUGGCCAAGAGUGGAAGAUGUUGAUCUAGAAUGGUUUGCCACAAGCACUGACAGCUACAUCCUUCGGGACCUUGAUGACACUUCAGUGAUGGAAGAUGGCAGGAAGAAACUGAACACGUUAGCACAUUAUAAGAUCCCAGACGGUGCCUCCCUAGCUAUGAGUUUAACUGAUAAGAAAGAUACCACUUUAAGUAGAGUGAAAGAUUUGGACACUGAAAAAUACUUUCAUUUGGUCCUUCCCACAGAUGAAUUGAAUGAAAAUAAAAAAUCCCAUCGACAGAACCAUAGGAAAAAAGUCCUUCCUGAAAUCUACCUGACCAGAUUGCUCUCCACAAAGGGCACACUGCAAAAAUUCCUGGAUGACUUAUUCAAAGCCAUUCUGAGUAUUCGAGAUGACAAGCCACCUUUGGCGAUCAAAUAUUUCUUUGAUUUCCUGGAAGAGCAAGCAGAGAAACGGGGGAUCUCUGACCCAGACACAUUGCACAUUUGGAAAACCAACAGCCUACCUCUGAGGUUUUGGGUCAACAUUCUGAAGAACCCCCAGUUUGUCUUUGACAUAGACAAAACUGACCAUAUAGAUGCCUGCCUGUCUGUAAUAGCCCAGGCCUUUAUCGAUGCUUGCUCCAUCUCUGAUCUGCAGUUGGGCAAGGACUCACCUACUAAUAAACUAUUAUAUGCCAAGGAGAUUCCUGAGUACAGAAAAAUAGUGCAGAGGUAUUACAAACAGAUCCACGACAUGCCACUUCUCAGCGAACAAGAAAUGAAUGCACACCUAGCAGAGGAGUCCAGGAAAUAUCGGAAUGAGUUUAACACCAAUGUUGCCAUGACUGAAAUUUACAAAUAUGCCAAGAGAUACCGCGGUCAGAUAGUGAAUGCAUUGGACUCCAAUCCCACAACGAGACGCACACAACUGCAGCACAAAUUUGAGCAAGUGAUUGCACUUAUGGAAGACAAUAUUUAUGAGUGCUGCAGUGAAGCAUAGGUGGCAACCUGGACUUUUUCUUCCACGUCUAGAAGUGACCUUCUCUACAGUGCACUGUCUUUUAGGGAACAUCCUUUCGAAAUAUGUGUGUGUGUCAGUAUGUAGCCUGUUGUAUGUAUAUGGUGACUAAGAAGCCAACUUGAUGGUUGGUCUGGCCAAUCUCUUUAAACCAUCUGGUGAAGUGAAGGUUGUCCACCAAACAGCUUGAAAAUCCCUUAUGUGAUCUGCACUGCAUGGCACCCAUAAUUUAUUUGAUCUUUCAGACAGAGACACAAUACUUGCACCGACAAAUGUAGUUGUUUCUUCUAAAGAGCUCCUACACUUAUUUGAAGCGGCUGUCUUUCCCUUCAUUCAUUUUCCCAGAGAGAGUUUGUGAACCAGAUAUCAGGAUAUGGAAGCAAUGCUGAGGUGGUUAAGAGAAAAACAGACACCUCAGGGAACAAUGAAUGAAGGUUUCCAAAGGCCCUCGGAGCAACAGUGGAACUCCCUCUAACAGUGCCCCUCUUCCUCCUGUGUACUUUAAAUAUCAGGGAACCCAUUUACUGUACACAGUCUGCUGCAUUAGAUGUAUUUUGUGCCUUUUAUUUUUGUACUGUACAUGUAAACGUAACCACACCUUCAUCCAAGGUUGGAAAGAGGUGGGGAACUCACAGAUUAGACAAUGCAGUUGCUUCCUAAGUAGUCAUGACAUGUGAAAGCACUUUACCCCACAACGGAAAUGGCUGUUGCCUUGCUGGAGGGAUCGUUAUUGUGUAGCAGACAAUGUCGGAAAAGAACAAAUCAGUGCAGCUGUUCCCACUUCCCAAAGCUUCCCAGAUGUUUGUGCAGACUGAACUGCAGUCAGCGAACUCCCCUCUAAAUACCCAUCUCGCUCAAGAAAUCAUUUUCCUGAGAAGGAGAAAAAAAAAUAUUCACUGCAAGGGUCAAAGGGAUGCUCUUCCUUCCCUUCCUUCUGGCCCCCAGUACGUUAGAGGGAAUGUACAGAGCUGAACUCUUGGUUCAGCAUGAAUCCAAAGUUAAUACAGUUGGCUUGACACAAGACCACUGGUAGUUUUACUAAAAUAAAAUAAAAAAUGGUGUCUGUUCCUGCUCCAACUUCUCUCAUAAGAUAAUAUCCCUUUGUGUAGUAUCCUGUAUUAGCAUCAUCAUUAAAGUAUCAUUUUCCAUAAAUAGGAAGCCCCUUAACUGUUCUCAAUAUGCCUUUACACUGACUACAGUAGGAAGCAUUAUUCUCUCUCUCUCUCUCUCUCUGCCUCUGCCGUGAAGAAGAACCACACUAGUCCUAUAGCUCUCUGUCAGGAUUCCCCUUUAGCACCUUAGGUAGCUGCCCGGAGGCAAUGGCUCUUGCAUACAAGGAAAUCCGAACUCACCAUGAGUGCGGAAGCCAGCUAAUGCUGGUGACGAUGCCAAGCUCAUAAACUGCCAAAUAAUGCUUUAAAAAUACUACACUACCUCACCAAAGGCAAGGUCUAAAGGGGAGUUGCCACAGUUUAUGAAGCUAAGAUUUCAUCACUUGGUUGGGAAUUGAACAGUUUAUUUUUUCCAAUCAAAAUCUUGUUGUUAUUGGUAGUUAUCCUUCAUCAAGUAUAUCUUUCAGAAAUGCCUAGUAUAGAAUAUUAUCUGGGAAACUGAUGUGUCACAAUGAAUUUUAUAUAUCAGUAUAUUAAAAGUACAGAUUUUAUCCAGUGCAUAAAUAAAGAGGAAUAUAAGGCAUGAAAAACAGAACGGCAAAACUGAGGAAAUCUACAUGUGUUUGCUGAGAAAGUGGCUGCAGAAGAGAAAAUUUAUGAAUGUAGCUGGGCUACAUUUAACUUUGAAAGAGUUGUUUUUUUUCAAAAUUCUUAUUAUUUUUUGGAACUGUGAAGAGCUGCCAAUUAUACACACACUCACAGAGGGCGAACUCAGGAAUGUGAAAAGAAAGGCGUCUGGACCACCAAUUGGGAGGAGGAGGAGGAGGAGGGAGUUGAAGAAAAACAGACAAGAUUGGAGAUUUUGCUAGCCCAAACUCUGCAGACAGCUGUAAUUUUGGGAAGCAACAGCACAGUUUCAGCACCUAAUUGAGAGUGCAGAAAGUCACUGUCUGGAGAAGCCCCUAGGCCAGAGGGACUGAACUUUUUGUCUCCCUCACAGAUUGGUAUUUCCUGAGUGUACGUGUGUGUGUGUGUGUGUGUGUUCAUGUGUUCCAAGCAAUGUGCUUGGCACAUGUAUGUUAUGGCAUAUGCUUUAUUAUUUAAUUCUUCGUCCAAAUAUUUGCUACAACCAUUGAAAAGAAAUAAAUUGUCUACAAACCAGAAACUAAGGGUUGGUGCUGUCUCACAGAACCCAACUCCAUUGUAAUAUAUUUUUAACUUUGUCAAGUUAUUUGUAGGUGUGUGUGUGUGUGCGUGUGUGUUUCCCUUACCUGCUGUUUAAUGGAAGUGGCAGAAUCUUUGGGCAGGAAAAUAUCUUUGUAAUAAAACAACGUGAUCAAA